AGUAGAGUGCAAAUGUUCUGGACCUUUCUAGACUUUACAAGAUGCGUGUAGUCAUUUCUUCUACUUUCCUUUUUUUUGGUCUUCAAUCUUUCCUUUCUCCCUUUUCUCAAAACAAACCCUACCUUUAAUCUUGAAAACAAAAGGGUACGGCCAUUCAUAGCUAAGAAUUCUCCAUUUGCAUGCCUCUGCUCCGGCGCUGGACUACUUCACAACUUUUGGAAAAACACAAGAGGAAAAAGUAAUUAACAAUGUUUGGAGUAGUGUUCCCGAAUCGAAGCUUCCCUAUGGAUAUCUCCACCUUUGCUCAAAUAGACACCACCCAUUGGGUCCUUGACAUGAACACCUUUGUUGGGGAAGCAUAUGAUUCAAUUCGAGAAGUCUGCAUAUUCCUCCUCAACAACUUCACGCUGCCACCAGACAAGGCCCUCGCUGUGUAUAUCCAAUCCCCUGGCUCACCUUUCCUCUUUUGUGGUGCAGUCACACUGACUCGACCCUCCGCUGUGCUGUCGCUUCCUUGGCCAGAGCCCGGUGGGCAACUGCAGCUCACUGCUGAUGCAACUCCAAUCUCUGCCAAGAUAGGUGUUUCAGUUGAGGAUCUUGCAACACUUCCCUCCCUUGAUGUGGCUGCGGAGCAGAAAAUUGAGAGGCUGGCACUGAAAGUUGGUGAGAAUUUAUUUAAUUUUAUGCAGUCAUUUUGUGGAGUGGAUGGCAGUAAGCUGGUGGUGCCUAUGGAUAUAUUGGAUCGCUGGUUCAAGAAAUUCCAGGAACGAGCAAAGCGAGAUCCAGAAUACUUGAAGGGCUUCGCUUUGUAGUUGGGUUAGGAAGUACAUUUUCAUGUAUGAAGGUUCCCUGAUUUUGAUGAGAAUAUACUGAUUUAAUUGUUGUAGGAUUGUGGUAUUUCAUUGUCCAGUAUUUGGUUAAAACUUUGGGCUGUCAACUGUUGUCGAAUGUUGAUUAGUGUUAUAAAUGAAUUUCAAUCUUAUCACUUAAGUUUCA